AUGGUGAAAGAAAAGAAAAAAACUGAUAAAAAAGGAGACAAAUCGGCUCGCUCCCUCUCAUCCAUCAGUGACAAUCCGGAGCUUCCCAAACCAGAUGGCAACACCACCCGGCAAGAAAUGUCCCCAAGUAGCGCUCCACUGCUAAUGGAAAAGCAGUCUAGUGAAACAGCCGCCAAAAGGGAGUUACAAAAGGAUGAACAACCAAGUGAAGACACCACUCAAUAUGAGGAACCCAUCCUGACCAAACUAAUAGUGGAAAGCUACGAAGGGGAGAAGGUCCGUGGGCUGUAUGAGGGCAAAGGCUUCGCUGUCUUUCAGGGAGGUUGUGUCUACCACGGUAUGUUUUCAGAAGGACUCAUGCACGGACAAGGGACGUAUAUUUGGGCGGAUGGGUUGAAAUAUGAGGGGGACUUUGUGAAGAACAUCCCGAUGAACCACGGGGUGUACACAUGGCCGGACGGCAGCACCUACAAGGGAGAAGUGGUCAACGGUCUACGGAACGGAUUCGGCCUGUUCAAGUGCAGCACGCAGCCUGUGUCCUACAUCGGUCACUGGUGCCACGGCAAACGACAUGGGAAGGGCUCCAUUUACUACAACCAAGACGGCACCUCUUGGUACGAAGGAGACUGGGUGUACAACAUCAAAAAGGGCUGGGGAAUAAGAUGUUACAAGUCCGGGAACAUUUACGAAGGCCAGUGGGUAAACAACAUGCGUCACGGGGAGGGAAGGAUGAGGUGGCUGACCACCAAUGAGGAGUACACCGGACGAUGGGAGCAGGGGAUCCAGAAUGGCUUUGGAACGCACACAUGGUUUCUGAAGAGAAUCCCCAACUCCCAGUACCCUUUGCGAAAUGAAUACAUCGGGGAGUUUGUGAAUGGAAGUCGACAUGGAACCGGGAAAUUUUACUAUGCCAGUGGAGCCAUGUAUGAGGGAGAAUGGGUUUCCAAUAAAAAACAUGGCAUGGGCCGACUGACUUUUAAGAAUGGACGUGUGUACACAGGCCAAUUUUACAAUGACCACAUAGCAGAGCUCCCAGGUCUUGAAAUGGAAGUGUCAACGCACCUGAACCCGAGUUCCCGCUCAGGAGGUGCCACCAGGAGCCACCGGGGCGUAUCCAUUACCGCUGAAAUAAUCAGAAAGCUUGAUGGUGAUGAAAGUAAUUCCUUGCUCGGAACGAGCAUUGAACUGGACCUCAGCUUGUUGCUGGCCAUGUACCCUGAGAAGGACCGACCAGAAGAAAAGAAGCAGGUUGAAUUUGCCAUCUUAAGAAACAUAACGGAACUCAGAAGAAUCUACAGCUUUUACAGCAGCCUUGGUUGUGAUCACUCUCUGGAUAAUACCUUCCUAAUGACCAAGCUUCAGUUCUGGAGGUUUCUGAAAGACUGCAGAUUUCAUCAUCAUAAACUAACUCUUGCAGAUAUGGACCGGCUCCUCAACGCCAAUAACGACAUACCAGUUGAAGAAACCCAUUCUCCAUUUACGACGAUACUUCUGAGAACAUUUUUGAAUUAUCUUCUGCAGUUGGCUUACCACAUUCAUCACAAAGAAUAUCAAAAUAGAAGUCCUUCGCUUUUCCUAUGUUUCACAAAACUGAUGACUGAGAACAUUCGUCCAUACGCAUGCCAGGUGCAAGGCAACCUGUUCAGUGAGCAACAGCGAACGUUCUAUUCAAUGAAUUACAUCGACAAGUGCUGGGAGAUUCACAUCACUUACUGCAGGCCAAACCCACUCCCUCCUGGUGAGCUGACCAUGAAGAUGAGACACUUCCUCUGGAUGUUGAAAGACUUUAAAAUGAUAAAUAAGGAGUUGACAGCAACUAAAUUUGUGGAAGUCAUCGCAGAGGACAAUCCUUUCAUACACGAUGGAGUUGACAGCAACUUUGAACUUGAGCUGGUCUUCCUGGAAUUCUUUGAAGCUCUCUUAAGCUUUGCCAUUGUCUCUGUUACUGACCAGAUGACGAAGUCAUACAUCAACGUUCCAAAUGAAGAGCAAUCUGCAAACAGAUAUGGAAGUGCACAGGCCCUAGCAAAUCAGAGUGCUCAUAACAGGAGUCCAAGUGCAGUAACAAGCCACAAUUCUGACAUCAUCCACUUCACCAGUGCCAAGUCAUCCUCCAGCAAACUGGGCCACCUGCUCGACAUCAGCAGGAUCAAGAAGUCAGAGGUACGUAUCAAGAAGUCUGUAAGUGAAGAAAAAGUUUCCAGAAUGAGUUUUAAACUUGGAGGAAAAGACAUUUCCCAUUUUUCAUCUCAAGUUGACAAACGUGAAAAAUCCAAGGAUGACCAGAAGGAAAAACUGAACAUGUGGGUCACCCACCUGUAUGUUUUCUUUGUGAACACGCUCUUCCAGGCGUUCAAACAUGAAGAGAUGCUGAAGGAGAAGAUAAAGGAAAACAGGCUACGUGAUGACACACUGGCUCAACAAAAGAGAGUCGAGAACGAUGAGCUGGAAGCCAGGUUGAAUAUCUUGAGAGAGGAAGAGGCCAAAAGACAAGACUAUGAUGUCGACAUCACUGUGAUAAAGGAACCGAUAGAUGCCUCCUCCUCACUCUUGACCCCAAGCCCUCCUAAAGAGGACACAGGGGCCCAGACCAGCAAGUCCUUGACCAGUAAGAAAAAGAAAAAGUAA